AUGGACCAGGUGCAGCGGAAGAGCAGCCUGAGGUCCUACGGCUCGGCCAGGUCGCUGUCGGGGUCGGACGAGCAGCCCGGCCUCGGCGAGCGGCGGGAGGUCGUGCUCAAGAUCGACGGCAACGGGAACGGCCCCGCGCCAUUCGCCGUCCCCGUCGGCGGGGCGGCGGGGAAUGCCGGCUCCGGCUCCAACGCCGGAGCCAAGCCGACGGCGGGCAGGACGCUGUCCACCGCCGCCAGCUCGCCCACCAAGGGCUGGGACGACGGGAGCUACGACUUCUGGAAGAACGAGGGCGGCGGGAAAGGGGGAGCCCCCGCGCCCCGCGUCGAGGACUUCAGCUUCAAGAACCGGCCGGCGCAGCCGCCCACGUCACCGCAGGUAUCGUCCCCUUCGUUCUCGCCCAAGCAGCAGGCGAGCGCCCCGGUGGAGGUCGCCGAGGACCCGCCCACGCGCCUCAUCGGGAACUUCCUCCGGAAGCAGAAGGCGGCCGGGGCCGAGCUGUCGCUCGACCUCGACCUGGAGAUGGACGACAUCGGGAGGUCGUCACACCCGUCCUUAUCCAACUCCCGAGAGCGGGAGACGCCGCGCGUGUCCUUCAAGAACCGCCAGUCGUCCUCGUCCUCUUCAUCCGAUUCCGACACCGCCGGCGGCCGUAGGCGCGCCGGCGAUGACGGUAUACGCAACACCUCCACCUCCACUCCAGCGGGGAAGGGCCCAUUAAUGCGAGCCAAGACGCGCUCCCGGCUCAUGGACCCGCCACCACAGUCACCCAUGGCGCCGCCUGCCGUCGACGAGGAGCAGCGCAAGUCCUCUGCCAUGCGACCUCCCAAGUCCGGCCAGUUCCCUUCAGGGCGUAUGACCGGCAAAUCCGGCCAGUCUCCUUCCGGGCGCAAGUCGGGCGGCAUCGGCAAGUCGGGCCCCAUGGAGGAGGAGGAGGACGAUCCGUUCAUAGACGACGACAUCCCUGACGACUUCAAGCGCGGGAAGCUGGACGCCCUCACCAUACUGCAGUGGGUCGGCCUGGUGCUCAUCAUCGGGGCAUUGGUGUGCAGCCUCACGAUAAAGCCCUUGUCCCGGAAGAAGGUCUGGGAGCUGCACCUCUGGAAGUGGGAGCUCCUCGUGUUCGUGCUCAUCUGCGGCCGCCUCGUCUCCGGCUGGGUCAUCCGGAUCGCGGUGUUCUGCGUGGAGCGCAACUUCGUGCUGCGGAAGCGCGUGCUCUACUUCGUGUACGGCGUGCGCGGCGCCGUGCAGAACGCGCUCUGGCUCGGCCUGGUGCUCGCGUCGUGGCACUUCUUGUUCGACGAGAACGUCCAGACAAACACGGCGGUGCUGCCCUACGUGACAAAGGUGCUCUUCUGCUUCCUCGUCGCCACGCUCAUCCGCCUCGUCAAGACGCUGCUGCUCAAGGUGCUGGCCUCGUCCUUCCAUGUCUCCACGUACUUUGAUCGGAUUCAAGAGGCAUUGUUCAACCAGUAUGUCAUCGAGACACUCUCUGGGCCGCCACUGGUUGACGAGGACUACGUGCUUGCUGAGGUGCGUGAGCUGCAACGGGCAGGCGCAACCAUCCCGAAAGAGCUGCGUGCCGCCUUGCCAGCCAAGAAUCUUUCGGGGCAAAAGAGCAUCCGGAUCUCGGGUUUAAUCUCUAAGGGAGACCAAUCAAGCAGGCAGCUGUCAAAGGAGAAGAAACAGCGUGAGAUUGACGAAGGGAUCACCAUUGACAAGCUCCACAGGCUCAAUCAGAAAAACGUCUCGGCAUGGAACAUGAAGAGGCUGAUGAAGAUUGUUCGUUUUGGGACGCUCACCACAAUGGACGAGCAGAUUCAGCAGGCAACAGGAGAGGGCGAUGAGUCUGCGACACAGAUUCGCAGUGAAUAUGAGGCGCAGCUGGCCGCCAAGAAGAUCUUCCAUAAUGUGGCGAAACCUGGAUCCAAAUACAUAUACUUGGCAGACAUGAUGCGCUUCAUGAGGCAGGAGGAAGCCAUCAAAGCUAUGCAUCUUUUUGAAGGAGCACAGGAGCACUGCAGGGUCAGCAAGAGGUCUCUGAAGAACUGGGUGGUUAAUGCAUUUAGAGAGCGCAAAGCUCUUGCCCUAACACUUAACGAUACAAAAACUGCAGUUAACAAGCUCAACCAGAUGUGCAAUGUCGUUGUUGGCCUCAUAGUGUCUGCUCUCUGGCUUCUUAUUUUGGGCAUAGCGACGACACAUUUCUUUGUCUUCAUCAGUUCACAGCUUCUUGUGGCAGUUUUUGUGUUCGGGAAUACUAUGAAGACAAUUUUUGAGGCAAUUAUUUUCUUAUUCGUGAUGCAUCCUUUCGAUGUCGGUGACCGCUGUGAGAUUGAAGAAGUUCAGGUUGUUGUGGAGGAAAUGAAUAUCAUGACGACAGUCUUCCUACGUUAUGAUAACCUGAAGAUCUAUUAUCCGAACAGUGUGCUGGCCACCAAGCCGAUUUUUAAUUUCUACAGGAGUCCUGAUAUGGGAGAGGGAAUUGACUUCUCUAUUCAUGUUGCCACGCCGGUGGAAAAACUAGCUCUCAUGAAGGAAAGAAUACUACGUUACAUUGACGGUAAGAAGGAGCAUUGGUACCCUGGUGCGAUGGUUGUCCUCCGAGAUGUAGAUGACACCAACAAGCUAAAGGUGUCCAUAUGGCUCCGGCACACGCUCAACUUCCAGGACAUGGGGAUGAGGUUCGUGAGGAGGGAACUGGUGCUCCAGGAGAUGAUCAGAGUGCUCAAGGACCUCGACAUCGAGUACCGGAUGCUGCCGCUGGACGUGAACGUGCGGAACGUGCCCCCUCUUCAGUCCACAAGGAUGCCGACGACAUGGAGCUAUGCCUGA